AGAAUAUGUACUGAUGUUCCUUGAGACACCAUGUCUUGUCCUGACCCCCCAAGCGUUGCCAAUGGUUACAUCUCCUCCCAGAGUGCCAGCUCCGUGACCUACGCGUGUAACGACGAGUUUGGCCUGUCCGGGUACGACACCGUUCUCUGUAGUGCUGGAGCCUGGGGAACCCUGCCGUACUGCUACACACAAUGGAACAGGAAUAAUAACAACUACAUCAAAACGGCCACGCUAUCCUCUAUACCCGAGAAUUUGUCAGAAGAGAUUCCGGAUUACAUCGUCUACGUUGUGGCUGGGUCCGUAGGAGCUUUCGUGCUAGCUCUUCUAGCGGGUCUGUUACUUUGCUGGCUUCAUCAGAUCGGGUGUUAUGACGGCCCGGCGGUGGGAUUCGGAGGGAGUUAUAUCUAUACUGAUCGCCGAUGUUGUUACUUCGGGGACCUCAACAUAAAAGGCUGCAACUUCAAAUGUGGUUUAUGUAGACGGCGCUGUUGUCGCUACGUGAGAAAGAAAUCGCAUGGAAAAGUACACCUUCAAACAAUGCCAACACCAGAAGAAAUUGCUCUACAGAAAUGGUUGAUGAAAAAGAAGAAGAAGCGAAAAUUCCGCCCGGUACCGUGUUGUUUACGCGCCGGAAGAUGUCUUCUCGACUGUCUACUCUGCUGUUGUCGCUGGAAACGAAAAAAGGCUAAGCUGGUCAAAGAGGCGGCUUUGGCCGAGGAGGAAAAAAUGAUGAACAUCGCUGCAGCUCCAGAGACAAAGGAGGAAGAUACGACCAUCAUUAACGUUCAGACAGUGGAGGAAGAGCCAGAACCAGGAAAGGAAGCGAAACCGGAAAAGAAGACAGAGCCCUUCCCGCCGCCUGCAAUGGAGAUACAGGCACCAACUAAGGAACCGAAAAAGAAACCUGAGCCCCCGCUUCCACCUUUAAUGGCCAUACGUGAACCCCCACCGAAACCUAAAAAGACGGAGGAAACCCCAGAACCGCAAAAGGAAAAGAAGAACUCUGAGCCUGUUGGAAAGCCACUGAUGACCAUAAAGAUCCCUCCUAAACCUAAAAAGAAAAAGGCAAAAGCGCUUAAAGGCAAACAGGAAAAGAAAAACGAUAUCACCAGCCCGUCCGACACAGGAUUUAUAGCCCUGGUCGAAUCUACGGAAAAUCCGUUCGGAAACAAUGACAUAACUCCAUCUAAACGUGCAAGAGAAUUCCAAAACCAAGCCAAUGGUAAAGUCAUCAUGUCAUCAAAAGCUGGAAAAGGAAACAAAGUGAUGCCAGACCUAUCUGUCGACUCGCCUCGACUUACGUACGAGAAAGCUGUUAAAACGAAAGUGGCCAAGUGGGGUGAUAUGAAUGAUGACGAUUUAUGGAAGACACAGCCACAGCAGAAGUUAUUCUCGCCUGAAGCUCCGAUAAAAACGAGGAAAACUGAACAAAUGAUUCCACUUGUAAGUUUCCUACAAAUUAACGAGAAGCCAGAGAAAAAGAAGAAAUCUCCAGUAAAGAAGAAGAUGGACGAUGAUGAAGAGGAGUUCGGCUUGCCAAGUGCUGGCAAAAAAAGCACCAAUGUUCGGCAAUUUUAAAAUCGGACUCAGUCGGUGUUAUGAUGAAAAUAGAUAUUCUACCUUAACCUACACUCUCACCCCGUCCCCUCUUCGAAUGAAGGGAUAUAUGUACCUAUUGCGAUUUGUCUGGUUAUUGUUGUUAUUGUAACAUCCCUUCCAGGCAAUACGUGCUAAAUCGUUGGGGAUAUCCCCCGUAAUAAUAAAGAAAGUUACUUUAUAACAUCACCAUUGCGAUCUUGCCCUGAAAGUCAAAGGUCAAAUAAGUGUGAAUGUAAUAAUUGUUAUAUGCAUUUUUGUAUUAGCUUCCAAAAAUGAAGGAGAGUUGAAUU